AUGUUACAAAUUUUGUUCAAAUCGAAGGACAUUCUUCACCCAUUUAUUUCCCAUUGGACAAUUGGAGAACCUGAAGACGUUUCUUUUGGUUGUCAAAUUGCUGGAACUGAUCCUUCUUUUGGAUUUGCGCGUAUUUGUGAUGAAGCUUCGGCAAAGAGAAUUUUUCAAGAAGAAAGUGUUAAACAAAAUAUUUUGAAAAAUGUUAGAAGAGAAGAAUCCUCGUUUUAUGAUGAAAAUCAUCCAAAUUCUCCACUAAACAACCAAAAUUCUCAAAUAAUUUUAAUUAAAAUGAAUGGACGCUGUUUUAAUGCUACACUCUCAGUUAAAAAAUAUUUGGAAAGAUGUCCAUGGUGUUUAGAUCCAAAUUUAGAUAUUAAAGUUGUUGGAGAAAAUAAUGAGGAGGGGAUUGGACAACAGAAUCAAUUAAAAGGAAAUAUUUCUGAAGAAAAUGGAAAGACUAUACAAUUACAAAAUAUAUUAAUUUUAAUUUUGUCGGGUGCUGUUGUAUUUUCUUUAAGUGGCCUUCUUGGUGCCUUAAUAAUCCAUUGGCGUUAUCGUAAACAGAAGCCUAAUUUAAUCCAUUCAAAUCGAAGACGAAUAAACACAGCUAUAGGAUGCCAUCAAAAAGAUAAAUUAUUUUCUCCAAAUUCAAAAAAUAAAAAAAUUUUUAAAUUAAUUUCUCCCCCACGUGCCCAACGUUCCUUACCUUGUUCACCAGAAAAACAGAGAGAAAAAUAUGAACAACAACAACAAUUUAUUUGUGGAGAAAAUUGUCAGGGAGAGCAAAAUAAUUAUGACGUCCCCUGGGACAACAAAUUUUGCCUGGUCCCCCGUCAAUGGCUUUUAAACAACCAAACAAUUUCUUCAAAUAAUCACCGCCCUCCUUCACUUUUCUUUAGCGGUGGAAGUGAACCAAUCCCUUCUUUAGGGCAACAACAAAUUGUCCAUCCCUACGCUACAUGUUAUGAAUUUAGCCGAAAUGCUUCUAUUAAAGUCCCUUCUUCAAUGACUAUAAGUCAUCAAUCAACACUCCCUCCUCCACCACCACCUCCACCUUCAUUUCCACCAAUACAAUCGCAAACACUAAAUAGAAGACAAUCCUUCAUAAUACCCCAACAAACAUUUAUUUCUCCAAAUACUUCAACAACCGCUAAUUGUUCGUCUUCUUUUGGUAGACAUGAUGAUAGUGGAUUAGAUUCUGUUUAA